UAGGACAUAGAUCAGUUUGCAUGUGCCAUUGAUAGUUUAUUACUCACACUCGUCUCUGUUCUCUUUAUUGAACAGACGCAAUCAACUCCAUGAUUUUGUCUGUAGAUCAAGAGUUAACUUCUGUACGUACAAGCAAAGAUUAUUAAAUUUACUUUCUUCAGUGGGUCAUGGAAUUUUUGUGAUAAACAAAUAAUAAAAUAUGCCUCUCUUUAAUUAUUUUCCCCUUUCUUGGGGAGUUUCCUCUCUCUUCAUAUAGUAACCUCUUUGGACUUUGAGCUUCAAAUCUUGCUUUUUUGGCCUCUCUCUCAACUGCACAUGUGGGUGAUGGAUAUGCUAUUAAAACCACAAAUCUGUGAUCUUUUUGUAAGUGGGUGUUGGUCUUGAGAUGCGGUUGUUAGCAGAACAUAAGCACAGACUUCAGAGCAUAUCUGGUUAUCCCUCUGUUCAGCUGUCAGCUUAUCCACUUGAAAAUGAGGUUUUCAAAGUUUGAGGUGGUCUAUAUGAUGAUUUUAGUACAAAAUGUAUGAUUGUUAUUAGUAGUUGAACUAGGAAAAGUUGCUGUCUUUUAGUAUAAAGAUGGAAUCUGGGAAUAGGUUUUAUUCAUGUGAUGAGUUCAAAUUGGAUAAUAAAUGGUUGAUUGAUGCAAAACAUCUUUUUGUUGGUCCAAGAAUUGGAGAAGGAGCUCAUGCUAAAGUUUAUGAAGGAAAAUAUAAAAACCAGACUGUUGCCAUAAAAAUUGUUCAUAGAGGAGAAACUCCGGAGGAGAUCGCGAAGAGAGAAGCUCGAUUUGCAAGAGAAGUUGCAAUGUUAUCGAGGGUUCAACAUAAGAAUUUAGUGAAGUUCAUGGGUGCUUGUAAGGAACCCGUAAUGGUCAUAGUUACUGAGCUUUUAUCAGGAGGGACAUUGCGAAAAUACUUGCUGAACAUGCGUCCGAGGUGCUUAGAAACUCAUGUCGUCAUCGGUUUUGCUCGUGACAUUGCUCGUGGGAUGGAAUGCUUGCAUACUCAUGGGAUCAUACACCGUGAUCUGAAACCGGAGAACUUGCUGUUGACUGCUGAUCACAAAACUGUCAAACUGGCAGAUUUUGGGCUAGCAAGAGAAGAGUCCGUAACAGAGAUGAUGACUGCAGAAACAGGAACGUAUCGUUGGAUGGCACCGGAGUUGUACAGUACUGUUACAUUAAGACAAGGAGAAAAGAAACAUUACAAUCAUAAAGUGGAUGCCUAUAGCUUUGCAAUUGUGUUAUGGGAGCUCAUACAUAAUAAGUUACCAUUUGAAGGCAUGUCGAAUCUCCAGGCAGCAUAUGCAGCAGCUUUUAAAAAUGUGAGGCCUAGUGCCGAAAACCUCCCGGAGGAACUGGCAAUCAUUCUAACAUCAUGCUGGAAGGAGGAUCCCAAUGAUCGACCGAAUUUUAGCCUGAUAAUCGAAAUGCUCCUUAAUUUUCUUGCUGCUAUUGCUCCGCCUAAACCAGCUAUUCCUCAUCGAAUAUUCACUUCUGAGAAUAACUUCUUGGCGCCAGAAUCACCGGGUACAAGUUCCUUGAUGGCAGUACGUGAUGAUGCUGUGGAAACCCCCAAAGCAACAUUGGAAAACCAGCCAAAAGGUUUAUUCUUUUGCUUCAACCAGUGUUAUUAAUCCGUUAAAAGAAACACGAAUGACUGCAACCCUUGUCCUUCUUUGAGGUCGAACGUGGUUGGAGCGAGAUUAGUAGAAUGUAGGCUUUAGUCUCGGGGGUAUAUUUUUGCUGACUGCUUAAAUAUUCAAUAAAUUCUCAUUUCUUCCAUUUCCACACUGUACUUAUAUGACGCUGAUGUUAAAUUAACUGCCUUCAUAGGGUCAUAAUAGUAGAACAUAACUCCGCGUGGAGUAGCAGGUUGCGGUUAUGAUUCAAUGUACAUAUAAUCAAAAUGUGUAAGAUGGAGGUUGACUCGACACCAACUUUGGUUAGAAAACUACGAAAUAAACAGUUAAUUGGGAGAUAAACAGAUGUUAAAACACGUCUCUGAACUUGCUAGCUAGUUACCAGUAGUCAUUGCAGGAACACGACCCUUCUUUAAAGUGAUGGAAGCGAUUUCUAUCCCUGAGGAUAAUUUCUCUGUUAUAUACCUUCGAUAUUAUUUUUGCUGCAUUGUGACAAUCUGUACACACUCUGAGAUUUUUAGAUACUCUAAUCGUAGUUCUGGGAGGCGUUUUUAAAAUACCAAAUGCAAUGGCCAGCUUCUCACUAUGAUGGGACACUGCCACUUCCUUAUCAGCUUCCUCUGCAUCUAGUCUUGCAUAUGCUGUGUUGGGGACAUAUCCAUCAGACUUGAUUCGUUUCAUUAUAUCCUCAGUGGCAGCAUAAACUUCUUUCAUCGGAUGAGCUUUCUCUUCAGCCAGAAAUUCAUAUAUCUCUCCAUCUAACUCAAUUGAGCUACAACCAGGUGCUUUCUUGAUCCGCUUCUCUUUCAUCUGAUUCCUGGUUUUUAUUGCGUCCUCCAACCUACCCCGCUGAUGCAUAAAUAUUUGACAACAGAAUGUAAUCCCCGCUAUGCAUUGGUUCUAAACUAACUAAAUGUUUAGCUGCUACUUCCCCUAUUUCGAUAUUUUUAUGAGCUCUGCAAGAAGCCAGCAAUGUUCUCCAUAUAACGGCAUUGGCUGGUAUGGGCAUUUUCUUGAUGAAUUGAUAAGCUUCCUCAAUCAAUGCAGCUCUGCCUAGAAUAUCUACCAUGCACCCAUAGUGUUCCAUCCUUGGUUUAAUACAAAAUUCUUUACUCAUACUGUCAAAAAACUUGCGCCCCUCAUCAACCAGACCCACAUGACUACAUGCGGAAAGAACUCCAAUGAAAGUAACAUCAUUUGGUUCGACAUCAUUUUCACGCAUCAAUUGAUAGAACUCAAGAGCCCUUUUACCCUGUCCAUUAUUAGCAAGACCCUGAAUUAGAGCUGUCCAUGAGUAUACAUUUUUCACAGGCAUCAUCUGAAACACUUCAACUGCAUUAUCUAUUUGUCCGCAUUUUGCAUAAAAGUCUAUCAGAGCCGUCCCAAGUGUGACAGUGAUCUUCAUCCUCUUCCUCCUAAUAUACAAGUGAAUCCAUUUACCAGUCUCCAAUGCUCCAAGGGCAGUGCAACAAGAGAGCACACUCACCAUAGUUACCUCAUUAGGAUCCAAAUUCGCCAUCUGCAUCUCAUUGAAAAGAUCAAGUGCCUCCUGGCAUCUCCUUGCUUGACUAUAACCAGAAAUCAUAGCACUCCAUGCAACAACAUCCUGUUGACCCAUUCGAUCAAACAAUCUUCGCGCUUUAUCCACCUCACCACAUUUCGCAUACAUAUCAACAAGAGCAGUUACUAAAUUCACAUUCGCAUCAAGCUUAUUUUCCCUCACAUACUCCGCAAUCCACUCUCCCAAUUCUACAUCAACCAAUCUACCACAAGCCGCCAAAACGCUAAUUAAAGUAACAUCAUUAAACCUAACCCCCAACUCUUUUAUUUCAUAAAAUAGCCUCACAACAUCCUCGUAAUACCCACUCUUAACAUACCCAGAAAGCAUUGAAUUCCACGCGAAAAUAUCUCUCUUAGGCAUUUUAUCAAACAUUUCCCUCGCAAUCUCAAUUUCACCACAAUUCGCAUACAUAUGAAUCAAAGUGUUCCAAACAAUACAACUAGACCCGAACCCACAUUUCACAAUCUGGGCAUGAAUCUGUCUCCCUUCUUGUCUCCCACGCAAUCGAGAACAAGCUUUUAAAACAGAAGGAAAAGUGAAUUCAUUAAACGGCACUGAAUUUUCAAGCAUUUGUUUAAAGAACUUCAGAGCUUUUUGAGGAGAAUGUUUUAUAGUGAAGGCCCUUAUCAUAACAUUAUAAGCAGAACAAUCAGGGGUUUGAAUUUCUUCGAAAAUGGAGAGUGCGUAUUCCAUGGUGGUGGUGGGGAGGAUAAUGGCGGCGGAUUCUAGAAGAUUCUCGGUGACUGAAGAGUCGAGAUGGCGGCGGGUUUUGAGAAGGUGGGCGUGGACUUGAUUUAGGUCUUUGACUGUUUUGCAUUGUUGUAGGAUUAGGGUUUUUGGGUUGUCUGGAAAUUGGGUGAUGGUGAUUAAUGGAGUCGGAAUAUUGGCGGGAAAUUGAGCUAGUGUAUUAGCAGCCAUUUUUCUUUGGGCUGUUCUGGUUCUUGAAACGUUUAUAAUACCGUUACAAAAUAACAGUCAAACUGCCAGGUAUAUGGACUUGCGGGCGGUCCAUAUCCCGGGAUUUGACAGUGGUCUUGAGUUUCGGCUCAUGGAUGAUGGUAGAAUCAGAUGCAACUUUAUCUCCAAGGAAUAAAGCUACACAACAUUCUGUCUAUAAAUUCAAUUUGAUCUAUCUUUUGAUCAAUUAAACUAAGUGAAAAUCAUCACGAAAUGGCUGAAUCCUCAGUCUACUACACCAGGCAACAUGGUUGGGACACAACUUCUACUGACUACCAUAUCCAUGUUGCGACUAUGGAGAGGAUGACUACUAUGCCUUCUGAUGUGCCUCGCUAUCCGAAUGUUCACCGGGUGUUCAACAACAUGGUCAUUUUAGAAAAAGAAGAGGAAGCUGAGGUUAUCCAGCACGAGCGUACCCAGAAGAAGAAGCAGCAGCGAAAUCCACCUAAGGCUGUUAAAAAGGUCCAUAUGAUUGAGAAACGAGAAAUGAUUCCCCAAGUUAUAGUUGAAGAAGAGAGUAUUGAUUCGGAAACUGAUGGGUUUCUCAGGCAGAAGCAUAAGGGAUUUGAGCUAUGCAAAUGGAAAAGUUUCAAGAUGCAUUAAUUCAUUAUUAGGCUUAAGAAACAUGCAUGUUCGCGUUAACAGGACAGGGAAAGUAUCCCAUGUUGCUUUAGUGUUUCUAGCACAGCUUUAUAUCUGAAUAAAAUUGCCUGUCUUAAAUUUGUUACUAAA